CAUGGUGCCAGGAGACAUGGUGCCAGAGCAUGGCAAGCAGCAAAAACUCAAGGACAAACGACAAGCACGAACAGCGGAGAACGCGUGUGAAGCGGACGGCUCUUUCGUAUUUGAGGCCCACGAGGCUUGGAAGGACUUCCAUAACUCCCUCAGGCAGUUCUACGAAAAUGGAGAACUCUGUGAUGUCACGCUGAAGGUGGGUAAUCGGCUCAUACCAUGUCACAAGCUGGUCCUGGCCUGUGUAAUUCCAUAUUUCCGGGCCAUGUUUCUGUCUGACAUGGCAGAGGCCAAACAGGAACUGGUCGAAAUCCGAGAUUUCGAUGGAGAUGCCAUCCAGGACCUGGUGCGCUUCGCCUACUCUUCACAACUGACUCUUACUGUGGACAACGUGCAGCCUUUGCUUUACGCUGCCUGUAUAUUGCAAGUGGAGCUGGUGGCCAGAGCCUGCUGUGAGUACAUGAAGGCCCAUUUCCACCCGUCCAACUGCCUGGCGGUCCGGACCUUUGCCGAGAGUCAUAACCGUGUCGACCUAAUGGACAUGGCUGACCGCUACGCCUGUGAGCACUUUCGGGAGGUGGUGGAAUGUGAGGAUUUCCCCUGCGUGUCGCCUCAACACCUGCGCACGCUGCUGUCUUCCAGUGACCUGAACAUCCACUCAGAGACGCAGGUUUACAAUGCUGCUGUCAAGUGGCUGAAAGCCAAUCCGCAACACCAUGAAGCCUGGCUGGACCAGAUCAUGUCUCAGGUUCGGCUCCCAUUGCUCCCGGUGGACUUUCUGACUGGUACAGUGGCUAAAGAAGAGAUGAUCAAAGCUAACUUGAGCUGCCGUGACCUUUUGGACGAAGCCAGGAACUAUCAUCUUCACCUCAGCAACAAGAUCGUGCCCGAUUUCGAGUACUCUGUCCGCACCACACCACGGAAACACACGGCAGGUGUUUUAUUCUGCGUGGGCGGCCGCGGUGGGUCUGGAGACCCGUUCCGCAGUAUCGAAUGUUACUCCAUCACCAAAAACAGCUGGUUCUUCGGCCCAGAGAUGAAUAGUCGACGCAGACACGUGGGAGUGAUCUCCGUGGGAGGCAAAGUGUAUGCUGUCGGAGGCCAUGACGGCAGCGAGCACCUCGGUAGUAUGGAAAUGUUUGACCCCCUCACCAAUAAGUGGAUGAUGAAAGCUUCCAUGAAUACCAAACGGAGGGGAAUUGCCCUGGCAGCUUUGGGAGGACCCAUCUAUGCUAUUGGCGGAUUGGAUGAUAACUCCUGCUUUAGUGAUGUGGAGCGGUAUGACAUUGAAUCAGAUCGCUGGAGUGCCGUCGCCCCCAUGAAUACUCCAAGAGGGGGCGUAGGUUCUGUGGCCUUAGGGAGUUACGUGUAUGCAGUGGGUGGAAAUGACGGCGUGGCUUCUCUGUCCAGCGUGGAGAGAUUUGACCCGCAUCUCAACAAAUGGACGGAUGUCAGAGAGAUGGGUCAGAGACGAGCAGGGAACGGAGUCAGCGAACUCAACGGCUGCCUCUACGUCGUCGGGGGCUUUGAUGAUAAUUCGCCGCUCAGUUCAGUUGAGCGUUUCGACCCCAGGAUGCAUCGCUGGGAGUAUGUUGCUGAGCUGACUACCCCCAGGGGGGGUGUUGGUGUUGCCACGGUGAUGGGCCGCGUAUUUGCAGUUGGUGGACACAAUGGGAACAUCUAUCUGAAUACGGUGGAAGCCUUUGACCCCCGCAUGAACAGGUGGGAGUUGGUGGGCUCGGUGUCUCACUGCCGAGCCGGGGCUGGAGUAGCGGUCUGUGCCUCUCAUAUCAGUCAGAUUCGAGAUGUGGGACAGGGCUCCAGUAACGUAGUGGACUGCAUGUGAGCACGUGAUCAAAAAAAAAAAUCACUCCUGACUCUCAGACGCACUCGCAUUGAAAGACACGGUCGAAUGGUUUCCACGCUUUUCAAGACGCACACAGCGUUUCUUCCAGCUGAACCCAU